AUGAGCAACUUCUCUUCGACGCCUUUGACUGAAAAGUAUUCCUACACGUUGGUUAAUAAUGGGGAACGCGACCGUGACAUUGCUGUUCUACGAACAGGCACAAUGGGGGAGAAACUGGACAAGUUCCUUCUGCUUAUGUGGAAGAAUUGGCUCCUCCAGUACCGCAAGCCCGUCCAAACCAUCGUGGAAAUCAUCGCGCCAGUAUUAUUUUCCAUACUACUAGUAGUGAUAAGAAGUUUAGCGGAUCCCGAGCUGCACGAAGCUAUAGUUUACCAGCCUUUCUGCAGCAUUCCACUAGGAUUAAAAGACCCCUCUACGGGUGCACUGUUGUGUCCCACGUACGACGGAUUUCCCCUAUUAGAUAAAAUAACGAAUGGAACUGAUAACGAGGACGUUUUGAAUCCACUAGAUCAACCGAAUAAUCUGCGCAAAAGACGCGAAGUUGAGUUCUCAACGCCAGAUUUGAGAUAUAGGAAAUUUUCGCUGGUUUAUUCGCCCUCCACGCCGCUUUUCGACGAAGUGAUGAGCUACUUCCGCAUCGGUUUCAAGAACCUCGUGCCUCUCGGGAACUCCCACGAGUUGGAGAAUUACUUCCUAACGAAUGCGACCAACUACACCUUCGCCGGCAUACAAUUCCACGAUUCCUACGUAAACGCCACGCAUCUGAACGACAUCAAGCAUUUGCGGGUUUCCAUAAGAUUUCCUGGCGAAACGAGGCUCAAAUUGGACCCGUUUAACAUAAACAACUGGAGGACGAAUCUCAUUUUUCCCGUAUUCCAAAUGCCCGGGCCUCGAUUGUACCAAUUUACCACCGGAGCAGCGCCUAGUUACUACAAAGAGGGCUUCUUGGGGCUCCAGUAUUUUCUCACGCUUAGUUUGCUGUUGGCGAAGAACAACAUAACUUACAGCAAAGACGACUACAUGGACGUGGUAAAUUGGUUAAUGGAGAACCAGUUUCCUUUGGUAAACAUGCGCCGGUUCGCGCAUCCCGAAUGGUACGAAGACAUCCUGCUGACCGCGUUGAAAUCCAUGCUGGGCAUAAUCAUAAUGCUGAGCUUCGUUUACACUUGCAUCAACACCGUUAAAUCCAUUACAACAGAAAAAGAAAAGCAGUUGAAAGAAGCUAUGAAAAUUAUGGGCCUGCCGAAUUGGCUGCACUGGCUGGCUUGGUUCGUGAAAUGCUUCCUCUUCCUUCUGAUAUCCUCCAUUCUCAUGGUAGUCCUGCUGAAAGUUAAGUGGUACACAAAUACCGAUUACACGGUCUUCACUCACGCCAGCCCGUACGUUCUGUUGAUGUUCCUGAUGUUCUACAAUUGCGCUACGAUAACGUUUUGCUUCGCUUUAAGCGUGUUUUUCAACAAAGCAAACACAGCAGCGACUGUAGCAGGAAUGGCUUGGUUCCUCUCCUACGCUCCGUAUCUCUUUAUGCAGGAAAUCUACGACACGUUAACGUUAUCUACGAAAUUAAUGGCUAGUUUAGGAUCUAACACAGCAAUGGCCUUCGGCUUCCAAGUUAUCCUCAUGUACGAAGGAACUGGAGAAGGCAUCCAAUGGAGCAACAUCUUCGAACCGAACACUCCAGACGAUACGCUAACUCUAGGCCUUAUUCUCAUAAUGCUAACUCUAGAUACUAUAUUGUACCUUCUGAUCGCUUUGUACGUAGAGGCCGUGUUUCCUGGAGAGUACGGCGUACCGCAACCUUGGUACUUUCCGUUUACUUCGACGUUCUGGUGCGGCCAAUCGAGACCUAUAUCAGUGCAGGACAAUCCGGAAGCUGCCGUGCACUCCGAGUUCUUCGAAAAGGAGCCCGAACACGGCACGCCCGGCAUCCAAAUUAGGAACCUGAGGAAAACGUUCCAGUCGAAAAUCGCCGUGAGGAAUCUCACGUUGAACAUGUUCGAGGACCAAAUAACGGUGCUAUUGGGCCACAACGGAGCCGGCAAAACCACCACGAUGUCCAUGUUGACCGGGAUGAUAACCCCCACGUCGGGCUACGCCAAAAUCAGCGGAUACGACAUCAGGACGAACAUGUCGGGUGUCAGGAAGAGCCUGGGGUUGUGUCCUCAACACAAUAUAAUCUUCGACGAGCUCACCGUCGCCGAGCACAUAUACUUCUUCAGCAAGCUCAAGGGCCUCUCGGCGCGGGAAAUCGCGAAGGAAAUCGACAAGUACGUGGAGUUGCUGGAGCUGGAGCCGAAGAGGCACUGCAAAUCGAGCCGCUUGUCCGGCGGCAUGAAGAGGAAACUCUGCGUGGGCAUCGCCCUCUGCGGCAACUCCAAGGUCGUCAUGCUGGACGAACCCACGGCCGGCAUGGAUCCCGCGGCGAGGCGAGCGCUGUGGAACCUCCUGCAGAACCAAAAAGACGGCAGGACUAUGCUCUUAACCACGCACUUCAUGGACGAGGCGGAUUUGUUGGGCGACAGGAUCGCCAUCAUGGCGGGCGGGGAGCUCCAAUGUUGCGGGUCGAGUUUCUUUUUGAAGAAGAAGUACGGCGCUGGGUAUAGCUUGAUCAUGGACAAGGCGCACGAUUGCGAUCCGGCUCGAGUCACCCAGCUGAUCAGGCAGUUUAUACCAGAUAUCGAAAUUUACAGCAACGUAGGUUCCGAACUAACUUAUCUACUGGUAGACCAGCAAGUGAGCGUAUUCGAACCGAUGCUGAGCCAGCUCGAAUCCGACUCCGAGCGUUUGGGAAUCAGAAGUUACGGAAUAUCUUUGACUACACUAGAAGAAGUGUUUAUGAAGGUUGGUGCUGAUCAUGGUCAGGAAGAGUUAUACAACGCAGCAGAUACUACUGUACUAGCAAAUGGUACUACUCAUAACGGUAAUAUUUCUGCUAUUGGUAACACAACAGGUAGCGUUUCGAUGAGUCCAACGUACUCGGACGGGCCAACGCUGUUGGGUAACCAAAUACUAGCCAUGUUGAUGAAAAAAACCGUAUCAACGUUCCGAUCUUGGAUACUUCUUCUCAUACAAAUCGCCAUGCCCACUCUGUUUCUCAUUAUCGCUUUCGUCGUGAACAGAAGCCACAAGUACACGGGAAACUUACCGGCCAUGCCGCUGACAUUGAACAAAUUCGAAAACCCCAUAACUCUGAUGGAGAAAACCGACUCCAAUUUAGCUCCUUACUACAUCAAAGUCCUACACGACUACGGACAUCCCGUUAAAACCGUUACUAACAUGACGAAAACGAUGCUAGAAGUGACAGCAGAACAUCCGAUUGCGGUGCGCAGAAGGUACCUGGUGGGAGCCUCCUUCGAAACUGCGAACAUUUCCAUUCUACCGUACCCUCUUCCGAACGUCACAGCCUGGUUCAACAACGAUCCCUACCACACCCCCGGCAUAUCCUUGGCAUUCGUAUUGAACGGGGUCUACCGGAAAAUCGGCGAUUGCGCCGAUUGCACCAUCGACUUCACCAACGAGCCGCUGCCCUACAGUCCGGACACGCAAGUCAACCAGCUGCUGAACGGGCAAAACACCGGCUUCCAAUUGGCCUUCAACAUCGGCUUCAGCAUGUCCUUCGUCGCCUCGUUUUACGUGCUGUUCGUCAUCAGGGAGAAUUACUGCAACUCGAAGCACCUGCAGUUCGUCUCCGGCGUUAAGGUGUACGUGUUUUGGAUGACAUCGGCCUUCUGCGAUAUGGUCACCUAUUUGCUGACGAUCUGCGUGCUGAUGAUCACCAUGGUGUUGUUCCAAGAGGACGGAUUCAAGACGGUUGGAGAUAUCGGAAGGAUGUUCUUUAUACUCUUCUACUUCGGUUGGGCUUUCCUUCCGUUGUUCUACUUAGCUUCCUAUUCGUUUCAAGUACCAUCAACAGGUUAUACCAGAAUGACGUUAAUAAGCAUUUUUGGAGGUUGCGCUGCUUUCCUAGUAGUGCAAGUGCUGAUGAGUCCAGGUUUGGACUUGGAAUACGUGGGGAACGCCUUGCAUUGGAUAUUCCUGAUAUUCCCCCAUUAUUCUCUGGCCAGCGGUAUUAACGAGAGCUACAAAGUUUACUCGUUUAACUUGAUUUGCAACACGAUUUUGAGAACGUGCGCUGAACAACACAUCCCCAAAGACACUUGCUUGAUGUCGUUGAACGAAAGAAUACGAGAAAUAUGCAACGAUGCCGAUUUGCGUUACUACAAAUGGGAAGCUCCUGGCAUCGGCAGGAAUUUGCUGUAUUCGUUCCUGACGGGUUGCUUCUUGUUCGUAUUGCUGCUGCUCAUCGAGUACAAAGUAUUUUCGAAUAUCGGGUAUCUCUAUUCGCGGGCGCUCUUCAGAAAGAAGCCCAAGAUCUUGCCUAACGAGGACUCCGACGUGGCGGAGGAACGGGAAAAAUUACACGUCGCUACGGAAGCCGAUAUUCAGAAUAAUUACACGCUGGCCAUCAGGGAUUUGACUAAAUAUUACAAGAACUUUUUGGCUGUGAACGGUCUGUGCCUUGGCGUUAGAAAAUACGAAUGCUUCGGUCUGUUGGGAGUUAACGGCGCCGGUAAAACCACCACCUUCAAAAUGAUGACCGGCGACGAGAACAUUUCCUACGGCGAUGGUUGGGUGAACGGGAAGAGCAUAAAAAACCAAUUGAAGCAAGUGCAAAAAGUAAUCGGUUAUUGUCCCCAAUUCGACGCCCUUCUGGACGACAUGACCGCCGAAGAGUCCAUUGUGAUGUUCGCUCUGCUGCGAGGCAUCAGCUUCAGCGACACCACCAAAAUCGCCGAGUAUCUAUCCAGGGAAUUCGACUUUCACAGGCACUUAAAAAAGAAAGUUAAAGAAUUAAGCGGCGGAAAUAAGAGGAAACUAAGCACAGCUAUAUCUCUCAUCGGAGAUCCACCUCUGCUCUAUCUAGAUGAACCCACUACUGGAAUGGAUCCAGCCACGAAGCGCUACCUCUGGAACGCCUUGUGCAAAAUCCGCGACAGAGGUAAAUGCAUCAUCCUCACCUCGCACAGCAUGGAGGAAUGCGAGGCGCUCUGCACGAGGCUGGCCAUAAUGGUGGCGGGGAAUUUCAAGUGUCUAGGCUCCACGCAGCACUUGAAGAGCAAAUUCGCCGAGGGCUACACUCUCACCAUCAAGCUGAAGAAGGACUCGGAGAACGCCAACGCGGGCGAGUUCGACACCGAGUCCAUAGAGGCCUUCAUCAGGGAGAAGUUCCCCGGCGCGCAGCUGAGGGAGAAGCACCAGGAGUUGCUGAGCUAUUACGUUACGGACAAGUCGGUGCCUUGGUCGAAGAUGUUCGGGGUUUUGGAGGAGGCGAAACGCGGCGAUUUGAACAUCGAGGAUUAUUCGUUGGGACAAAGUACUUUAGAACAGGUAUUUUUAACAUUUACGAAGCAUGCUACGUAAUUUGCGGCCUUUUUUUUCUGUGUUAUUUUACCGAUUGUGAUAUAUUUUUUUGUUUUAACAUUUUUAAUAUAAGACGAUAA